UAUUAUUUAAAAGGACCCCAUUCUGGCACAUGACAUUCACUGUUGUGCUGCAUCGAAAACCUAUCAAGGUCAUGAUGAACAAGAGGCCAUUAACCGCCGUCUACAACAAGGCGCUCCCCGAUCUUUGCAAUCGAGAACUCGGCCACCUGCCCCCAAGGAAUUUCGCUCUCCGUCUUGGCGCCUCCGAGGAUCUUGUCCUUCGACUUGAAUUACUGAGGAAUCUGCAAAAACACAGAGGUUGUGUCAACACUGUGAGCUUCAAUGCAGAUGGUGACACUCUAGUCUCCGGUUCCGACGAUUGGGGGGUUAUUCUCUGGGACUGGGAAACUGGCCGCAUUAAACUCUCCUUCCAUUCUGGUCAUUCUAACAAUGUUUUCCAGGCCAAGUUCAUGCCUCACUCUCAUGAUCGUACCAUUGUCACCUGUGCUGCUGAUGGACAGGUGAGACAUGCUCAAAUUCUUGAAAAUGGACGAGUCGAAACUAAGUGUCUGGCCAAGCAUCAGGGAAGGGCUCAUAAGUUGGCUGUUGAGCCUGGUAGCCCUCAUAUCUUUUAUACCUGUGGUGAAGAUGGAUUAGUGCAGCAUUUUGAUUUGAGAACUGGGGCUGCAACAGAACUUUUUACAUGCCAGCCAAUCAAGGAUAGGUGGAGUUACAUGCCAGUCAUCCAUCUUAAUGCAAUUGCAAUUGAUCCAAGGAACCCAAAUCUCUUUGCGGUUGCUGGCUCUGAUGAGUAUGCUCGACUUUAUGAUAUUCGCAGGUAUAAAUGGGAUGGAUCAACUGAUUUUGGCCAACCAACCGACUUCUUUUGCCCUCCACACUUGAUUGGUGAUCAGCAAGUUGGAAUAACAGGCUUGGCCUUUUCUGAACAAAGAGAGCUGCUUGUGUCAUACAAUGAUGAGCUUAUUUACCUUUUUACCCAAGAUAUGGGUUUGGGACCAAAUCCCCCUGAUCCUGGGUCCCCUAAAUCUAUGAACAGUGAUGCAAGUGAAAUUGGAUUUAGUCAUGGAUCUGUGUCAUCUCAAUCUAACAUGGAUGCUGAUGACAAAAUCACCCCACAAGUUUUUAAGGGACACAGGAAUUGUGAGACAGUGAAGGGUGUUAACUUUUUUGGACCUAAAUGUGAGUAUGUGGUGAGUGGGUCUGAUUGUGGUCGGAUUUUCAUAUGGAAAAAGAAAGGUGGUCAGCUUAUUCGUGUCAUGGAAGCAGAUAAGCAUGUUGUGAACUGCAUUGAGUCUCAUCCUCAUACAAUGGUUCUUGCCAGCAGUGGUAUUGAGAAUGACAUCAAGAUAUGGACUCCAAAGGCCCUUGAGAAAGCUACUUUGCCCAAAAAUAUUGAGCAGAGGGUUCACGUGUUUGAUCAUCUUCAUUGGUUUACAAUUGGUGGUGGCUAUGAUGACGAUGAUGUUAUGUUUGAUGAUGAUUAUGAAGUUGAUACAUCUGACAAUGAUGAUGAUGAUGAGGAGGAGGAGGAUGACGACGACGAUAAUGAUUAUAGCGAUUAUAUCAAUGAUUAUGAUGAUGAUUAUGAUUGUGAUGAUGUUGAUGACAACAAUGGUGUUGAUGAUAAAAAUGAUGACAAUGGCAACGAUGAUAAUUUUGGUGGUGGUUGUAAUGAUGCAAAUUGAUGAAAAUUUUAUGUCCGACAGAAACCGAAGGCUAAGGGCUGGAUGUACCGGAUAGCUUAUCCUGAAGACCUAAUGCAACUGAUUUCACUUCCAAGACGAAGGGUCAGGACAGAAAGCAAUGGAGAAAACUCAUCUACAGAUCGAGACCUUCUACAAUUGAUA